GCUUGGCCUGCUGGUGACAGAAUUGGCAGAGAGGGCUGCCGAACAUCAUCGUCGCUUCUCACGGCCACUAUUUGCACGUACCUUCCCGCUCGUACCGUACAUACGCUCUUGCUUUUUGUCUUUCCCUUGCUGUUCUUCUCCGACCUUUCACUUUCUUCCACUCGUUUUGACAUCUCUAACGCGUCUCGCAUUGCGUCUUGUACAGAGAAGCCCCUUAUUGCUGGCCACGCCAUCACUACUAUAUCUAGCCUCUCGCACGCACACGACCGUUGCCAGCUCCCCAACGGCUCUUGCGAUCCGCCAUUUCAGCAUCCUACCACCGCCUAA